AUGGCUGACUAUGACAGCGACGAAGAUGUUGCCGACCUCGAAUAUACCACCACCACAACCCUUCUAGGAUACGCCGAACCCACCCCUUCAGACGAUACCACCAGUCACCUCGGAGGUAUUCCUACAUGGUUCGAUGAUGCAAUGGAUUCGCGACUGGCGAAAUGCCUAAGUUGCAAUAACCUCAUGCCCCUCCUCCUUCAACUCGACGGCAACCUACCAGAUUCUCCACAUCAUACUAGAAUGCUAUACCUCUUCGGCUGUCGAUCAAAACCCUGUCGCAAGAAGAAAGGUAGUAUACGGGCUAUUCGUGGUGUUAAAUCCACGGGUAUCACACCACCAAAUGCUCAACAACCACCAGCAGCUGUAGCGCCAGUCGCAGAAACUAAAGUCGAGGAACAAAAGCCAAAAUCCAACAUGGGGGAUAUGAUCUUCGGCGGCUCUUCAUCCGGCGCACCUACAAAUCCAUUUGCGACUUCACAAUCCAAUCCGUUCGCAAAACCAAACCCAUUCGCUAAGGAUGAAGUAACAACUCUUACAAAAACCUUUGCGCAAGCGGCUUCGAUAUCGACUUCAGAGUCAAAAGCUAUCUCGAAACCGGAACCUGUAGAGCCAACACUAAUAGGUCCACCGUCUCCUUGGCCUCCUGCUUCAUCGAUACCACAAUACACAAGCUUCUACCUAGACGCUAGCUAUGAGGAACUUGAGCCGGACGCAUUAACCUUACAAUCCCAAAAACUCGCUAAAACAAUCAAAAUGGAUACAUCAGACGAUAUGGAAGAAGAUACCACACCUUCAAGCUCCAAAAAGGCAGCAGCAGCAGCAUCCUCUUCCUCUUCGAAAGCUUCAAAAGAGAAGGAAUUUGAAUCAGUAAUGAACGCAGCUUUCCUAAACUUUCAAAGCAUGAGUUCACAAAACCCAGAACAAGUUUUACGAUACGAACGAAAGGGGAUACCUUUGCUAUAUUCGAGAGAUGAUAGCAUAGGUAAACUAUUGGCGGACCCAAAAUCGGGCGCAAAUGAUAUUUCACUAUCAAAAGUUCCACUGUGUAGUAACUGUGGAAGAGGCCGGUGCUUUGAAAUUCAAUUGAUGCCACAUGCGAUCUCGGUGUUGGAGGAGGGCACCGAAGGAGCGCUGGACGAGGGAAUGGUCUGGGGUACUAUAAUCGUCGGCACCUGUGAGGCCGAUUGCCCAUUGGCCGGGAGCGAUAAAGGUGCAUAUGUCGAGGAAUGGGUUGGAGUACAGUGGGAGACAGAUUAG